AUGUCGUCAAUGCGAGGCUUGGUCCAGUUUAUCGCCGACUUGCGAAACGCGAGAGCGCGCGAACUCGAGGAAAAGCGCAUCAACAAAGAACUCGCCAACAUCCGCCAAAAAUUCCGCGAUGGGGGGUUGAAUGGAUACCAGAGGAAGAAAUAUGUCUGCAAAUUAUUAUACGUCUAUAUACAAGGGUAUGACGUCGACUUUGGACAUUUGGAGGCCGUCAAUUUGGUCUCGGCAAAGAACUAUUCGGAAAAACAGAUUGGGUAUUUGGCUGUUACCUUGUUCCUCCACGAGCAGCAUGAACUGCUCCAUUUGGUUGUGAAUAGCAUCCGGAAGGAUCUGCUGGAUAUGAAUGAAUUGAAUAACUGUCUCGCCUUGCACGCUAUUGCGACAGUUGGUGGGCGAGAGAUGGGCGAAGCUUUGAGCGCUGAUGUCCAUAGACUUUUGAUUUCACCAACAUCAAAGUCGUUUGUCAAAAAGAAAGCCGCAUUGACCCUCCUCCGUUUAUACCGUAAAUACCCGUCGAUUGUUCAGCAGGAAUGGGCCGAGCGUAUUAUCUCAUUAAUGGAUGAUCCGGACAUGGGUGUCACAUUAUCCGUCACAUCUCUUGUCAUGGCGUUGGUGCAGGAGAAUCCCGAACAAUAUAAAGGAAGUUACGUCAAAGCCGCUCAGCGACUGAAAAAGAUUGCUGUAGAUGGCGAUGUUUCCGCCGAUUAUCUCUACUACCGGGUGCCUAAUCCGUGGCUUCAAGUGAAGCUGCUGAGACUUUUGCAAUAUUAUCCGCCGUCUGAUGAUACUCAUGUCCGCGAUUUGAUUCGUCAAGCUUUGGAGCAGAUUAUGCACACAUCUUUUGAGACGCCCAAAAACGUGCAGCAAAAUAACGCUCAGAAUGCUGUUCUGUUUGAGGCUAUCAAUUUACUCAUUCACUUAGACACAGAGCAUGCCUUGAUGAUGCAAAUGUCCUCGAGGCUUGGAAAGUUCAUUCAGUCUCGCGAGACCAACGUGCGUUACCUUGGCCUGGAGGCCAUGACUCAUUUUGCCGCUCGAGCAGAAACCUUGGAUCCGAUUAAGAGCCACCAACCAUUUAUUCUGGGCUCAUUAAGAGACCGUGACAUUAGCAUUCGGCGAAAAGGGUUGGACCUUCUAUAUAGCAUGUGUGAUGUGACUAACGCGCGAGCCAUCGUUGCGGAGCUCCUCUCAUACUUGCAGUCGGCUGACUACUCCCUUCGAGAAGAGAUGGUGCUUAAAGUUGCUAUUCUAGCCGAGAAGUAUGCCACCGAUGCUCAGUGGUACAUAGACACAUCGGUGAAGCUGCUUGCCAUGGCUGGUGACCAUGUAAGCGAUGAAGUAUGGCAACGAGUCAUUCAGAUUGUCACAAAUAACGAAGAACUGCAAGCAUACGCUGCAGAUCAUCUUCUGAAAUACCUCAAAGGAGACUGCCACGACAGUCUGAUUAAGAUCGGCAGCUAUGUGCUGGGAGAAUUUGGCCAUUUAAUCGCCGAUAAAGAGGGCUGUAGCCCCAUUGAGCAAUUCCUGGCUCUUCAGCCAAAAAUGUUUACUUGUUCUGAUAAUACCCGUGCUAUGAUUCUUUCGUCCUUUAUCAAAUUUGUUAAUCUCUUUCCCGAGAUCAAGCCUCAGUUGCUGCAGAUGUUCCGUUUGUACAGCCACUCGCCGGAUCCUGAGUUGCAGCAGAGAGCAUUUGAAUACUUGAAACUAGCCACUAUGCCGACAGAUGACCUUUUGCGAACGGUGUGUGAUGAGAUGCCCCCUUUCUCGGAGAGGGCGAGUGUAUUGUUGUCGCGCUUGCACCAGAGUACAGCUGGGACUAGCGACAAGCGGACAUGGGUUGUGGGAGGCAAGGAUGCCAACACGGACAAGCAGGAGGUCCUGAUGGCACAGACAACGGGCCUAAAGCGCUCAUUCACGACAAUAGUCAACGGCAGUGGCCGCAAUGGCACCAAUGGCACAGCGUCUAAAAGUGGCGGCGCAUCGAGGGAUCUUGAGGGUCUGGACUUGACUGCCAGGCCCUCUGCUGCGCCGCCCAACCUGGCUAGUGCAGCUCACUUGAGCCCCGAUUGGGAAUAUGGAUUCAAUCGGCUGUACUUUGCCGACGAAGGUGUUCUGUUUGAAGAUGCCCAGAUCCAGGUGGGCUUGCGUUCGGAGUAUCGCGCGCAUCUCGGUGUAGUCAAGAUCUAUUUCAUGAAUAAGGCUUCAUUCCAGAUUGGAUCUUUUACAACAACAUUGGACAAUCCAGCAGCUCCGAACCUGAAGAUCGACACCAAAAAUCUUCCCGAGUCAUCUAUUCAACCGGCUGCUCAGACGCAGCAGACACUUUUCUUUGAGGCCCAUGGCCCAUUCUCAGAUGCGCCCACAAUCCGAAUAUCAUACCUCGCAGGUGCAUUGCAAGCUUAUACGCUCCAGCUUCCCAUAUUGAUGCAUAGAUACAUGGACCCGUCAGAUCUGUCAGCAGAGGACUUCUUCAAGAGGUGGCGGCAGAUUGGCGGUCAUCCACUCGAGGCUCAGAAGACAUUUUCAGUAACCAGCAAGGGACGUAUCAUCCACGAGAAGUUCACGCACAAUACCGUGAGGGGCUUCGGGUGGAAGAUUCUAAGCGGCGUGGAUCCUAAUCCUAGUAAUAUUGUGGGAUGUGCUGUUUAUCAGGUUGAGAAAGGCAAGACUGGUUGUUUAUUGCGACUGGAGCCGAAUUAUGAGAAGAAUAUGUAUCGGAUUACGGUGCGAGCAACGCAAGAAAAUGUACCACAGAUUCUUGCGCGGCAAAUGGAACAGAGGCUUGGGAUGGGAUCCACUGUAGAUGCUGACUUGGUGUGA